CGUCUCUGUUUCACCCGAAAUUUUUCAGUUUCAAGGAAGAAGCUUGAAGCACAAAGACGAAACUAAUCUACGAGCUUCUGUGUUGCACGAUUCCAACGUAAAUCUCAGUUCCCCCAAUUGCUUCUUCUUUCUCAAGUACUUGGGUCGAUCAAUCUUCUCCUGAUUGGUGAUUUCGGUGUGUGCUUGGAUCUGCAUCAAUCGGUGUGAGUAUCCGUCUCCGUUUCGUUACCUACACGAUCGAAUUCGUCUGGAAUUGAUUUGACUAUUACUGUUCUCGCCUGGGUCGAUUUGGUUUUUUCAUUUUGGUUGUGGUUCAAAUGAUCAAUGGAGAGGAAUCCUCGAGAGUCGCCUCUCUAGAGGAAAGCGGCCUCGAUGCCUCUCCGGGCUCAUCAUUACAUUACUCUUCAUGUGGCGAAUCAGAGUUUGAGCGGUAUUGUAGUGCGAAUUCGGCUUUGGGAACGCCAAGUAUGUGUAGCUCCACAGGACCAUUUCACGAUUCGUUGGAAUCUGAAUUCGGCUCUUUCAAGGGAAGCUUUUUGUCUGGGGAUGCCACCGAGUUUGAGAAUUUUAGCUUGGGACCAAGUCUUAAGCUCUCCUCUUUGGAUAAGACACGAUUAGGUGAUCGAGGAAUCGGGUUUUCUGAUGAGGGUAUGUCGACGAAUGGGUUUUAUAAUGAGAGAAUUAGAAGUACAAGCAACGGGAAUGUGAACACCAUCAUGAUCCAAGAAACUGGAUGUAGUGAAGAUGAUUUGAUGGGUACUAAGGUUUGUGAUGAAGCUAAAGAUGAAAUGGAUUCCAUGAAUCAGUUGAGUGAUGUGGAUGACGAUGAGCUUCAUAAAAGUGGUUCAAUAGAUGAUGAGCAUUCUGAUGGUGAUGACUCACUUACUGAUACAGGUGAUCAUUCUCGUAAAAAAUUAUAUAUUCCACGGAAUUUGCAGUAUGGAGAGGAGUCUAAAGCUGAGAAAGAUAAUCCUUUUCUCAUCAAUUCUUCCACUGCCUUUGGUACAAAUGAUUGGGAUGAGUUUGAGCUUGAAGCCACUGAACUUGGUGACGCUCGUUUUAACUUAAGCGGAUUUGAGGAGCGUGAUAAAGGGUGUACUGAAAGUGAAGUGAUAUCCACAAAAUCAUUCUCUGCAGCUUUGCAAAAGCUUCCAGAUGUAGCUCAAUCAGGAAAAGGGCUAGAACAUGCUACAAAUGUAGGUGAAUCUCCUGAAAAUAGUGAAGAUAUACUAAGAUCUCGAAAUUUGUCUGUCUUGACCCAAAGGGAGCCAGGUGACAUGGCAAGACACAGCAUAACUGUCAGAGUUUCUGAAGACCUGAGUGCUGAAGUCAAAACCUUGGCGGUUCCUCAAUCACUGGUUACAGAUGAAUCUCUUCGAGACAGUUGUGCUAGCAUCAAUCAAACUGAAGAUAGACCUGUAGUCAUGAAGUACCUUCAAUCUUGUAGCGCUGACGAUGUCCUAGAUAUUACACCAGUUGAGUUAGGAAACGUAUAUUCUUCAAGUGAGGUUUGCGACUUAGAUGGAGAUGUUUCUCUUGGACUACUUCAUAAAUCUUCUGAGAAUUCAAAACAGCCAGAUCCAUUUGGAGAGUCCACCUCAGAACCGUUGUUGGCACCUUGGAACUCUGAUAAGCCAUCAUCUACAGAUUCUCAUCCUGUAAUAAAUGCCUUACAAGUCUCUAACAUCCAACCGAAGAAGGAGAACACAGAACUAAACGACUUGUAUGAUGAUUUUGUUCAUGAUAUGGAAGAAAUACUGCUCGACUCUGGUGAAUCAUCUGGGGCAAGGUAUUCUAAGAGUGACAAGAUGUUCCAGCUACAGCUCUCUCUGCCUAACAGGGAUGGGGGACAAACUGCUACAACUUCUGGUCUAGAUGAUUCAUCUCCAAUAGUUUCCCAGCGAUUUAGAAUUGAUAGAGUUGAAGUUGUCGGGGUAAAACAAAGGAAAGGUGAUGUCUCGCUGAGUGAGAGACUGGUUGGGGUGAAGGAAUACACAGUGUAUGUCAUAAGGGUUUGGAGUGGGAAGGACAAGUGGGAAAUUGAAAGAAGAUAUCGUGAUUUUUAUAGUCUCUACCGGCGAUUGACAUCUUUAUUUGCUGAUCAAGGCUGGACGCUUCCUACACCUUGGGCCUCUGUGGAAAGAGAAUCCAGGAAAAUAUUUGGAACAUCGCCUAGUGCCGUUGCUGAAAGGACUGUCCUUAUUCAAGAUUGUUUGAAUUCAGUUCUUCAGUCUCGAUUUUUCCCUGCACUUCCAAAUGCUCUACUUCGGUUUUUGUCCCCUCAAGAUGCAAGUUCUUCUGGGUCAGAUUCUAUAAUGUCUCCAACAGGCCCUGCUGGUAUCGCUGUUGCUGCAGGUUCUUCCUAUGGAAAUACCAUCUCGCUCAUUGUUGAUUUUCGACCUCACAAAUCAGUAAAGCAGUUGCUAGAAGCUCAGCAUUACAUAUGCGCUGGAUGCCACAUAUACUUUGAUGAUGGAGCCACUCUCGUGCGGGACUUUGUGAAAGCUCUUGGAUGGGGUAAGCCUCGGCUUUGCGAAUAUACUGGUCAAUUGUUUUGUUCUUCUUGCCAUACAAAUGAAAUGGCCGUCCUGCCAGCAAGAGUGUUACAUCAUUGGGAUUUUAAUCGUUAUCCCGUUUCUCAAUUGGCAAAAUCAUAUCUGGACUCUAUACAUGAGCAGCCUAUGCUUUGUGUCAGUGCGGUCAAUCCUUUUCUGUCCUCGAAGGUCCCUGCACUCAAUCAUAUUAUGAGCAUCCGUAAAAGAAUAACCAUUAUGCUUCCAUAUGUACACUGCCCAUUCCGCAAGACACUCAACAAAGGAAUCAGUACUCGGAGAUACCUUCUUGAGAGCACUGAUUUUUUUGCUUUGAGAGAUCUAAUUGAUCUUUCUAAAGGGCCAUUUGCAGCACUUCCUGCAAUCGUGGAGACCGUUAGGAGGAAAAUCCUGGAGCAUAUUACAGAACAGUGUCUUGUUUGUUGCGAUGUGGGGGUUCCCUGUAAUGCCCGACAAGCUUGUGACGACACAUCUUCUUUGAUAUUUCCAUUCCAGGAAGAUGAGGUUAACAAAUGCCGGUCGUGCGGUUCGGUUUUCCACAAGGGAUGCUUCUCAAGACUGUCAAACUGCCAUUGCGGAGCACAACUAAAGCCGAACAAGAGCCUGCAAGUGUCGGAGAAGAAAUCAGAUUCUUCGUCGGUCUUGCCUCUACGAUUCCUCUCUGGUUUAUUUGGAAAGACAACGAAAGACAAAGAAAACACUAUUCUGAUGAGUUCACUUCCAACAAAUGAUCUAUAGGUCUGAUUCUUUUUGUAUGUAUGUGUUUGUGUAAACCUUGCCUUUUGUAAUGUAAGCCUCAGCUUAAUUUGCAACCAAUUUUCGUUGCUUCUCAAGAUAACAAAAAUAUCUGUCUAGUGAAUGUAUUCUACACAAUUUGAGCAAAAGUAAU